GCAGUCACUAGGCUUCUAAUGGCAAGUUGUUAUGAUUACUAUAAUCGAGUGAUUCACCUUUUGCUGAUUGAGAGCUCGUCUUUGAGUGAAACUUAAACAGAAUUAGGUGCACCUAAUAAGAUUCACGGUUGUGUGCCAAAUCUCUGCCUUUUCAUAUGGUCGUUUGGCUACAACAGCCAAUUUGUCUCUUCUUCAGUGAAUCAUCUUUUGCAAUUCGAAGCUACCAUGGCUGUCAGGAAACAGAGCGAACUUGAGGGUAGUAACUUCUUCCAUGUAAAAUGCCGAAAAACAUUGUUCUCCCUCUGAUCAAUAUUAAUUGUCGCAACUUUAGCACAACUUUCGUAGAUUUUGAGUUGAAGAGUUUUGUGUUCUACUAGUGAGACAUGAUCAUACGUGGUUUUUUUUGCGGGGGACAUGAUCAUACGUGUUAAAAAGAGACGAUUGCUACAUACAUUGUUGAUCACAGUGAAAGCUGAAAUAGCAUUUUGAUGUAUACAGUACCUGCUAAUACACUCAGGUUCCAAGAAGCAGAAAACCGGCAGAGGAGAAACCACUGCAGAAAAGGGAGAGCAAGACCAAUAUCAUCUCCAGGACUAAGCAAAGACCCACUCCAUCUCCUGAACCAGAUGUUCUCCACAAGCCCGGCGCGCAGAGAAGCCCCAGCAUUGCCGCCAAGACGAGCGAGAAGCGACCUCCCACUCCCGGCGGUGCAUCGCCGGACGACAUGGUCAAGGUUUCUCCUCCCCGUUCGACAUCGGCGACGACGAUGGGCGCCUCAUGGGAGUCGCUUCCACCGGCCCUCCAGACUCUCGGAUCGGGAGUCAUGAGUUAUAGGGAUGCUGCAGAGAUGGCUGCUGUGGAGGCCAUGCAGGAAGCUUCUGCUGCAGAGAUUGUGCUCAGAUGUCUCAGUGCCUUCGCGGAUUUGGCCGCCACCGCCGGCAAGCAGUCGCCCCAGCACACCGUCGACGAGUUCCUCGCGCUCCAAGCCGCGAUCACCCGCUCCACCGCCGCUCUCGGCAACCAGCAACGGAGUGGCCACGCCGGCGAGUGGCUGCACGCGGCGGUCACCGCCGACCUGGCGCCUUUCUCCCUCUACACCGCCUCGUCGUCGUCCAGGAAGCGCGGCACCGAGUCGCCUGCCGUCUCCGCCUCGCCGAGGCCGGUGGCCGCCGCGGCGGAGGCCGCCACCUGGCUGGAGACCGCGGCGAGGGAGCUCGGGGAGGAGAUGUGCGCGUGGUUUGUCGGGCACGUGGACCGGCUGCUCGAAGCCGACGUGGCCGGGACGCUGGGGCAGCUCAAGAGGGUCAACGACUGGCUGGAUGACGUCGGGCUGCGGACGGCGGCCGUCGACCGGCUGAAGGAGAAGAUCUUCGGGUACCUGCUGGAUCACGUCGAGUCGGCGGUGGUCGCGUUAAACGGCGGCGUUGCAUCCAACCGGAGAAAAUAGACGAGUGUGUAUGUUGUGCCGGAUCAAAGCUAAAAUGUACGCAAAUGAUAAAUGUCACAUGUAAGGUAUUAACACAGACGUUUUUAGGCCCUCAACUAUGUGAUCGGUGCGAACCAAUCUGUGAUUGGAUGGUUUGAGAGACUGUGAUAUGCCCAGUCCAUCAGGGUUCAAAUCUCGGGGCUCGCAUUUAUUCCUGAAUUUAUUUCAAGAUUUCCGGUGAUGCGCAUUCAGUGGGAGGAGACGCUCCCGUUGACGAUGAGGUGCCUACGGUGACUUUGUAAAUUUUAA